AUGUCUUCCCAAGAGCUACUAAAGGAUGAACUGGAGCUCGGUGGCAACUUGGCUGAUGAAGAUAAUUGGUACAUAUAUGAACCAAUAGGAAACUCCAACGACAUGGCUUCCAACAUUAUCCCCGAUUGCCAACUGACUGUCCCCUUUGAUCUCUAUCACUGCAGCAUGGCUCCGAUUUCUCUAGUUAUGCUCGUGAUUCUCUCGCUGUUGGUAAAAAGGAAGAAACUCUAUCCAGAUUUUUGGAACGGAGUACCUGGACUAUUGAGCCCUAUGCAUUUCUUGGAAGACACGCAGAACAAAGGAUUGGCCAUUGCAGUCUUUGGCAUACUCUUCUCUUCGUUGUGCGUGCUGUUGUUAGACAAUGACCCCCUGCCUUUCAUCUCCAACUCUUCAAUACAAAAUCGAGAGUACUGGAAGGUGCUGGCUUUAUUCUAUUAUCCUGCCUUCUAUUAUCCCUUAUUGGCAUGCGCUACUGUUCGACACAGAAUUGGAUACCUGCUUGGCUGCCUUCUGUCCUGGUGUCACUGUGUGCUCUACAUCUGGCAAAAGGUGGAAUGUCCUCAGUCAUCCAAGAUCUACAGGUAUUAUUCCCUGCUUUCUUACCUGCCUAUCAUUCUGUGCCUCGCCGUGCUGAGCCUUUGGUACCCCGUAAAAUUGGUUGAGAGCUUCAAAGGGGACGCCAGGAUGGCGACAGAGAAGCUCCUUUGUCUUCUUCUCCUUCUGCUCCUCCUUCGCCUCUUCCUUCUUUUCAGGACUAACCUCCAGUGUCUCUACCGAGGGGCUGUUGAAAAUGUUUUCUAUCGCCCCUGCAAACUCCAACCUUCCCAGCAGUCGCUCAUAUGCUGGAUGCAAUUCACGGGGUUCCAGAUAUCCUUUGCUUGCCUAGCUCUUUUCAUCCAGCACAUUGUCUUCUUCAUUUGCAUCGUGUGUUUCACUUUCCUGAUCAUUGUCCCACUGCAGUCUGGCAGCAACAUGUUUCUUUUCAAAAUUGUGCUGAACUUGUGGCCCUUCUGGUUGACCUUGCUUGUUUCAUUCAUUGUCCAGAACCUGCUGGUCCGCUACUACUUUCUGGAACGGGACCAUCUACCCAGGGAGUUGACCAAUAGGAGAGCAUUUUACAUUGUGACAUACAUGUUUUUCCCCAUCAAUGUGCUCCUGGGCUUAAUGGCAGGAAUCUGGAGACUGGUCAUCUCGGCCCUUUAUAAUAUUGUUCAUUUCUGCCAGUUGGAUGGGAGCUUGCUGAGCCGUGGGGUGGAGGGAUUUGAUCCAGGCCACCGUACCUACUGCCAAUAUUUGAAAAUCGAGGUCAGCCAAUCACACCCAGCAAUGAAAGCCUUUUGCCUCUUGCUCCUCCAUUGGCAAAGUGCCCAAAAUAUGCAGACCCUCCAACUCAGAGACACAGAAGAAGGAAUCAAACUCAUGAAGACCACCAGUUCAGCACCCAAAGCACCAAAGGGCCAACAGAACCGGGUGCGAUGGCGCCUGGCCUACACCCUCCUCAACAACCCUUCCCUGCUGCCCUAUCGCAAAGGGGCCCUCGUGGAUGCGACAGCCAACGGGACCAAGGCCAGCCUCACCAAGCCUUGAUGGAACCGGCAACGUUUCUUGGAAAACAAUGGACUCCCAUCCGGUGAUAAUGGAUGGAUUCCAUCACGAGUUUUCAACUGGGGUUCUUCAACUUCUUCUCCGUGCCUCUUUCAGGCUCGUGCGUCUAUCCUGACCUCUUUGUAGACUUAGAAGAUGACAAGAGGCGUAGUUGUCCUCCUUUCCUUUCCCACCC